AAAGUACCUACAAAAAUGUGUUUCUGGUUAAAGAGAAUUAAAUGAUCUUACCUGUUUUAAGUUUAUAAUUACUACAACUGCACGAAACUAAAGAAUCUGUGAUAUAGUUUUGUUAAGCAAUCUUCAUUCUGGCAGCUUCCACGUCGUCGGGAAAAAUGACAUAAUAUCAUAAUGAAUUAAAUUUUAAUUGAAUAAAUAAGUUUACAUGAGCAAAACAUGGAGUACUACAAAGAAAAGCAAUACAAUGCAAUUUUUGUGACACAGUCAUUCUCUAAAGUGCUUGAAAGCAUAAAAAAUAAUAAAGAAAAUAGUGAAGAACUGAGACAGCUCAUAAAUAAGAGCUUACAUUCUGAUAAUGGUGUAUUGAGUUUAACUGCUUGUUCAUCACUCCUCAUGCUGGUUGAAGAUAAAUCUGUGCAGAUAUCCACAAUAUUGUCACAACUAUUAUCUUCAUUAUCCUUUACCAAAACACAUGGAGGCGUUGUGUCACUGGUAUGUGAUUUAUUAAAGAUCGAUAUGAAAGAGAAAAUUAAGGUGGAUAAGCGGUACAAAAACGAUUACAAUUUGAAAGUUCCCCAACAUCCUUUCAUUUCCAUACUAAACCAGCACCCGAAGGCUUGGAAUAGUAUCUUGAACAAAAUAUCUCCCUUUUAUGAAUGCUCGGAAAUAAAAUUUUAUGCAAAUGAACAAUUGUAUCCACUUUUUAUGUAUAUAAUUUGCAAUCCGUCCGCAGACGUGAAUGACACUUUCCAAUACAAGCUAUGGAAUUUUGUCAUAAAUGUGAGCGAACCACAAUCCUUGGAUGUAGUUGUACAUGUCAUACUUUGGCUACCUAUUUCUGCAAGGCACAGUUUAGCAGCGAGUUCUUUUUUUAUGGAGUUAACAAAAACACAACGUUUCAAUAGCGAUCGGGACUUCAGGGAAGUAAUAAUUCUAUGGCUAACUUCGCUUAUAUAUGAAUUAUUGAAAUUUGAAGAAGAUCCUCUACCUUUGAUACUUUGCCUAUUGAAGCUAAUUGAGAACGAUGAAGAAAUUGUGAGGAACUCCGGUAGUAGUGUUUUGGUUAUGCUAACCAAUUCGUUGUUAUUAUGUUCGACUGUAUUCUUGCCAGACAUUUUGCGUUUAUGUAGACUGGUGAUACAGACAAGCACUUGCAACGAAUUAUCUUUAAAAUUAUUAAAAAUAUCCAUCUUGCACUGGACAGCAUUCAAAAACGUUCUAACGAACAAGUCAUUGGAAGUGGCAAAUGAAAUAAUUCUCUAUAUUGAAAGCAAUAAGAGUUACGUGAACAACACUCAAAUGCUCUACUCCAAUCGAUUAUUUAAGAUACUCAGCACUUCAAAUGAAUACCUACAUUUUACUGUUCAAGUUAACAUUUUAGCAGAGGGAUUAACCCAAGCCGAAAUGCUUAGUUGGCUGGAGAGAAUUAGUACAAUGCCAGAGUAUAUCGCCUCUGAUAUGAUUAACUUUCUGAUUUCAUUGUUGAUAUUUGACAAUAUUCACUCGGAUAUUAUCGUUAAAACUAUUGAAAUAUUGGUUAGAAUUUGUAAGGUAUACCAAGGAUUGAGUACGCAAACACUCAUUGUACUGCUCUACAUACUUUCUCAUUCGAGAGAUCCUCGUGUAAAUGUCGCUGUGCUGAAAGCGAUUCCGAAAAUGGCAGUGUUGGAUGAGAAUUUACCAUUAGUUUUAAAUAUCUUGGAUCUUACAAGGAAAGGGAUCGAGGGAAUGAAGUCGUUUUACUUGCGAUUAUAUCUGGACCUUUGGGAAACCAAGAAUAAAUGUUAUUCACAUCUACAAAGCCUACUAGCUGAUUCGGGCGUUACUGAAAAAAGUGAGAACGCUAAAAUAGAAUUUUAUACUAUGAAAGCUUAUGUUGGCAAACAGCUUUGUUUGAAAAGCCCAGAACGUUAUGGUAGUGAAUUAGUUUCACAUUUAUCAGACAUAUUAAAUAAAUGUAAAGGUGAAGCCGGGACUGUGGCGACCUCUUUGGUUUUAGAAGGAAUUGUGCUCUUAUGUAAAAGCGGAAUUAUAAGUAUUAGUAGUACGUGGGAUGCUUUACAACCACUUUUUCAGAAGGAAGCUCGUGCGCAUGUGAUUCAAAGGUAUUGCGAGUUUAUGGCAGAAGUAAGUUACUUUGACGCAUCAGAGUGUUCGGAUGUCGUCAUUACUUCAAUAAUCCAAAAAUUGUUUUCUUAUGCAAUUAACUCGGAAAAUGGAGACGUUGUAUGCGCUGCGUACAAAGCAUUGAGUUGUUUUCCUGUUGAUGAAGUUCUUGUGGAAUUAUGUAAUUGUUUGGAUACUAGCUUGCCAGUGCACUCAAAAACAGGAAAUCCGUGGAUAAGUCUGCUACUGAAUAGCAAAGAAUCAGACAUUGAUGCUGUUGGAAAUAUGCUUAGCAAGUUUAUAUCCCUCGAAAUAAGAAAUUUCCGGAAAGGCGUUUAUCUUGUACCCGAAGGACGAAAAGAACCUCACAAUUAUAAUUAUCUACCCGAGAGAAGUAUUUUGAGAGCGAUAGGAAAUUAUAUAAAAGCGGAGCUUGAAAAUUGGCAGCUCUCAAAUGCGUCCAUUUAUUUGCAAUGUCUUCGCGUGUUGAGUCAAGAGUACAGCAAAGCUUUGCCCCCAUUCGACUGGUGUUUUUUACAAGAAAUCAUUCACAUUCCCGAAGCCCGAAUAUACUGCAUCAUUAUAGCGUCGCACCAAGUACAAUUGUCCGGCACUGCCCGCAGAUUGGUAGAAAAUUAUCUUGAAGCUGUAAUUGAAUUCGACGGCAAGGAUGAAGAAAUAAUCACUGUCUACAGCCAGUUAAGCUUUUUAUGUAACAGUAUACAACCGGUGACACUACGCCCAUUUAUAGAGAAGUCUUUACAUUUUGCACUUCAAAGACCUACCACACUACACACUUUAUUACAUCGUUUACAAGAUAUCCUUGCCAACGAUACCAUUCAAGAAACUAAUAAAGCAACUAUCGCUCAAAUAUUAGUAAAUAUCACUGGGCACUAUCUCUGGAUGAUCAGUGUUUUACGCCAAUCCUUAACUGCAUCAUCAGACUUCCAAAACGUUUCAUCGACGAGCUGAGUUCGCCGAAGUUAUGGAAAACUGCAUCUCCCGAUCUACUAAGACUGUCAGUCAAAAUUCGAUGUGCAACUGCAUUACAUACAAAUUCUCUAACUUGGAUAAAUGAGUUUAUUGAAGAAGCUUGCUUUUCACCU